AUGACCUGGACCCUCAGUGUCCUUCUCUGUCUCGGAGUUCCCCCCAAACCCUCCAUCUGGGCUGACCCAGGCCCCAUCGUCAGCAAGGGGAGCCCUGUGACCAUCUGGUGUCAGGGUUCUCUGCAGGCAGAUGGCUACAUUCUGUAUAAAGAGAAGAGUUCUGAGCCCUUGAACACAACGAUCACACAGGCCUCCAGCAACAAGAUCGGGUUCCUCAUUCAGUCCAUGAGCUCACAGCACACAGGGCUGUACCAGUGUGCAUACAGCAGUGGGGGCAGGCUGUCUGAGAGGAGUGAGCCCCUGCUCCUGGUGCUGACAGGUAUGUAUAGGGAGCCCUCCCUCUCAGCCCAGCCAAGUUUCCUUGUGCUGCCUGGGGACAGCCUGACCCUCCAGUGUGGCUCAGAACCCGGAUCUGACAGAUUCGCUCUGACCAAGGAUGAGGGGCCCACACCCCACCAGCAUCUCCAUGGGCAGCACAGCCCUGACUUCCACCUGGGCCCUGUGAACCUCACCCACGGGGGCCGGUACAGGUGUUACAGUGGACACAACCUUUCCUAUGUGUGGUCGGCCCCCAGUGCCCCCCUGGACAUCCUGAUUACAGGAAUGUACAGGAAACCCUCCCUCUCAGUCCAGCCUGGGCCCUCGGUUGCCUGGGGAGCGAAAGUGACUCUACAGUGUCGAUCUGAGGUCAGGGCUGACACCUUCCAUCUGCACAGGGAGGGGUCCCUGGAUCCUCCCCAGCGGCUUCAUCUGCAAAACACGGCUGCCCACUCUCAGGCCAACUUCACCAUCAGCCAUGUGUCCUGGGGCCACCAGGGGAUCUACAGGUGCUACAGCUCACACAGCUCCUCCCCCUUCCAGCUGUCACAGCCCAGUGACCCCCUGGAGCUCCUGGUCUCAGCUCAUCAACCCCAAGACUACACAGUGGGGAACCUCAUCCGCUUGGGUGUGUCUGGCUUCAUCCUCAUGGUCCUCGGGGUGCUGCUGUGUGAAGCUUGGCACAGUUGAAGAAGACCCCACGAUGCAGCCAGGAGUUGAACACAGGGAACAGCAAACCCACCAGUCAGUGAGGCAGAGCCUGGAGAAGAGUCUGAUGACCCCAGGAAGCUCUGGAGGAAACUGUGGGCGCCCCUGGGAAAGAGUCUGCUGAGAAUGUGGAGGGUGUGGGCGUGGUUCCCCUGCAGGGAGAGGCGGGGCUGGGGCUGCAGAGGCUUCCCCACAGCUAGACUGUGGGCGUCUCCCCUCACUGCACUGCUGACCUUCCUUGGCUGCGCCUCUGUUCUCACCCCCGUGACCUGGGGCUCAGCCCACAUCACAGGUUCAGAUCCACCCCUGGGCUCACCCUCCAUCUCUGGUCCACUUUCAUGCAGGACAUUUUCUUUCUUUUAUUGUCCACAUUUGCUGAUUCUGUAUGUCUCUGGGUCAGGCAAUAAAUCUUUCUUAAACAACUGGUUAAAAGAAUAAAAACCAGGAAUUCUUUGGA